AUGAGCGACUCUAGAGAAGAAUCUCCUGAUUGGCUGCGCUCUUUUCAGCCGCCUACUCAAUCUACUAUAGAAUUGUCAUCUGAGUCGGAGUUGCCAUCAGACCACAGUCCGCCUAGUGAUGAUGAGGAUUCUAUAAACCUCAGUAAACUGUUUAAGAAAGGAGCAAAAUGGGCAUCAGAUAUUAAGGAUGACGAUGAUGGAAGAGAGUCUAAUGAUACGAAGCCUGGCAAAGGGAAGUCUCCCAAGAAAAAUGAUAAAGUAAAGCGAACACCUGAGAAGAAGAGGAAGAUCGAGGAUGAUAGCAAGAGAGAUGGAAAGAGGGUCAAAGGGAAAGGCAGCAGCAGGAGAAAUACACCCGACGAACAUGGAAAUUCCGAUCAGAAACAUUCCAUUUGGUCAUUGUCCUCUGAUUCCGAGUCUACUCCAAAUGCACGACCUGCUAAAGAGGAUAAAGCCACUAAGAGAGAAAUAUCUCCAGAUGAAGAUCUUAUUGUGGAAAACAAAAAGGAAUCUGAUAAUUCUUCCCUUGUCCAUGUUAAGAAAUCUACUAAGGCUCAGGCCUCAAAGGUGAAAUCGCCCACAAAACAGCUGGAAAAAUUGGAUGAGAAAACUCCAAAUAUGAAGAAUAUAAACAGUAGUGUAAAAGAUGAGAAUGAUACUAAGGCUAAUUUUGUGAAGGAAGGUAACAGCGGGAAGCAUCCUAUGCAUCAGGGUUCCUCUACAAUGUUGCCAUUGGUGCUCUCAGAUAAAGUUCAACGUUCAAAGGCACUUGUUGAGUGUGAAGGUGAUUCCAUAGAUUUGAGUGGUGACGUCGGUUCUGUUGGGCGGAUAGUAAUCUCGGAGGAUCCUUCAAAAAACCUUGAGAUGUUAUUGGAUUUAAAAGGAACAAUUUACAAAACAACCAUAGUACCAUCAAGGACAUUCUGUGUGAUAGAAGCAAUCAUGAAUGACUACAUUCAGUUGAAACCACAAUCUAAUGUCUACGAGGCUGAAACUAUGGUUGAAGGAACAUUGGAUGGAUUUUCAUUUGACUCGGAAGAUGAAGCUGACAAAACCACGGUGCACGCUGAUCAACACGAGGAUGAUCAGGAACAAGCUGAUGGAAAGACCAAGGGAAAACCUGGCAAACCAUCCGGUCCCACAAGGAAAAAAGGAAAGCCUGCAGCAGGAAAGCUGCCCAAGAAACCAAAAAAGAAACCUCAAGUUUCUAAAAAGAGCAAAGCCAAGAAAUGA